CGGCAGCUUUCGGAACCAAGGGCAGAGAACCAGCAUUGACAUCAACUUUCACUUUGACAACGGUUUGUUUUCUGCUAAGAAAAUGGCUUUCCAGAGGUCUAUUUCAGUUGAUUUUGAACUAUGUGGAAAUGUUCAAGGUGUUGCAAUGAAACCUUACACCUAUGCAGCAGCUAACAAAUUGGGAGUUGUUGGGAACAUGAUGAAUACAGAGAAGGGGACCAUCAGAGGCACACUACAGGGGAACAGGGGUCAAGUCGAGAGCAUGAAAAAAUUCCUGGUUUGCAGUGGUAGUCCAUAUUCCUCUGUCACCAAAGCAAACUUCUACAAUGAACACGAGGUUGUGAAUCGAGAGUUCUCCAAAUUCACCAUUGAUCCUACUGACUGGUAGACAUCACGGACAACAGAAGCUGAUCUAGACUGCACAUGCUAUUGUUUGGAGUGACAUUUUCACAAAUAGUCUUUCACAAUUUUUUUGUUAAUAUUUAUAUUUUUAUACGUUAUCAGUAUUAUAUACAU